AUGUUUAUACUCGCAUCUGUUCAAGGUCAGCGCAUCGAUUUGAAGAAAUUGACGCUUCAUUCGAGGAACACUGAAUACAACCCGAAAAGGUUUUCGGCAGUCAUUAUGAGAAUUCGUGAACCCCGAACAACCGCACUAAUAUUUUCAUCUGGUAAAAUGGUCACAACUGGGGCGAAAUCGGAGUCGGCCAGUAGGCAAGCUUCACGUAAAUUUGCUCGUAUUGUUCAAAAAGUUGGAUUUAAUGUGAAAUUUGCAGAUUUCAAAAUACAGAACGUGGUUGGUUCGUGUGAUGUACGAUUUUCGAUCCAGUUGGAAAGUUUGUGCAUAAUGCACGCCCAGUUCAGCACUUACGAGCCCGAAUUGUUUCCCGGCUUGAUAUAUCGCAUGGUUCAGCCUAGGGUGGUGCUACUGAUCUUUGUUUCCGGCAAGGUACGACCUUUCAGCUUAAAUGGAAUCCAACAACCGCUGAUCAAGAGUGUGCUGUAG